AUUCAGUUCUUUCCCAAGUAGAAGACUUGACCUCUGAAAAUUCUCAAACACCCAAGACAUCUUGCGAAAGCUGCUUGAUAAUUGGUGAUCAUCACGGGUCAGGUCAAGAUGUUGAAAUUGCGACCACACAGCGAGCGUUCCACGUCCCGGAAUCAUCACUGCCACCGCCAACCCUGUACAGAUUGACCCACACGGACGGAGAAAAAAACGACACCGCAAGGAGGAUGUUUGGUGGAGAUGAGUGCUUCAUUAAAAAUGUCAAUGAAACAGGAAGUGAAAGCGAGCUGGAAUGGGACAACUACUUCGCCACAUACGCCGAAGAGGAAGGCGAUGAUUUGGACGCCAACAUCAAAGAACGUAGCAGACGCAAGAAUGCUGCACCGACACGGACAGGCUAUCAUUCAUCCAUCGUCAAUCCUAUGUACCUGUCUCUCCCACCCCCAGAAGUAAUCUACGAAAAUUUAUUAAAGACGAACAGGCGAUCCUAUGUGUUACAAAAGUGUGCGUCUGUGCUCGACAUGCGAUCGGAAACGUUCGGCCAACAAGUGGUUGACGUCGGAAGUCAGUCGUCCGCAAUCGGCAACAAUUCCUCUCAAAAACUGUCAGUUCAAAACGAUUUGGAAACAGUCCAAAAAGGCCUCGCACGGCCAAUUUCUGACGACAUUAAAAAACAGAAGAUUUUGCGCAAAGAAGAACUUAAUAUAGAAAACAUCGACUGCUGUCAAGACGACGAAAUGUCGUCAAAAGCAACCGUCAGAGGACGGCCCGAAGGAGUCUGUUUCUCUCUCCAAGACGGCGCUGUUCAGACAAACACAGGCCUAAAAGGGCGCUUUGUGUACAGGCUUUCUUGUUAUACCGUCAGGACAACGAAAAAAAUAGUACGCUACUUCGGGUGGAUGGGAUAAACAGGCAUGAAUAUUGUCAU